AUGAGCACGCUGCGUGUCCACGUCCACACACACACACACACACACUCCGGCCUGACCUUCUCCGCCUGCGUCCUGUCUCCCCCCGCAGUGAGCUCCAACCAGAGCCAUGGGGAGUACCCGGACUGUCGGAGUGAGCGGGAGUCGGGGGGGGAGGCAUCGCUCCUGGUGUCUCCGCUGGUGGUCGCCGGGAUCGUGAUAGGCCUGGUCCUCUUCCUCUCCUGCAUCACCAUCAUCGUCGGCAGCCUGCGCAAAGACAGCCGGCUCAGAAACCCCCACCUCCGGGCCAGCUAUGGACCGGACGGCUUCUCCUACGGAGGCUCGGCGGGGGAGCUGAGGUCCAGCUGCUUAGAGGACUUCCCCCCCGGUUUGGACUUCGACUCGUACAGAGAGAACCUUUCCCAGAUCAGUAACCUGUACCCCGACUCCCCACCACGCUACGAUGAAUGUGUCGGCCCAGGUUCCGCUCAGAUCUACAUCCCCACGGAUGACCCCCCUCCUUACUCCCUGCUGGACCCCUGUCGGGGCCGGUCGGGGCCGGAUGACCGGCCCUCGGACGCCCCCUCGGACUCGGCCGGCGCCGCCUGGCCCUCCCCCUCCCUCUCCCCCUCGCACCAGCCCGUGGCGUCCAUCUCCUUCCCGCUGGAGGCGGCGCCCCCUUACGAGUCGGUUCUGGCCGAGCAGGGCCCCCGCCUCCUGCCCCUGGUGCCCUUUGACCUUUCCAAACACCAGUCGGACGGCAACUCCCAACAGCUCCCGGCUGACCACAUCUCCUAGGACGGUCGUCCCCGGCUAAAUGACACAAACAAUGAGACGUCAGGGGGGAAAAUGGCCGUCAGACAGCGGACGUUCACGAGAACGUGCACGCGGCCGAAGACGCCGGACACGGGCCGGAGCCCCCCGAAACCGCUACGUCUCCGGACCGGACCCACGAAAAAAGGCCCCUCAUCCCCGCGAUGCUGCCUCAUCUGUUUAAACCCGAGUUUUCCAUGUCGCCGUUUCUCCGAAAAAUCUAAGACGUGUUUAUGAUGUGCAGAGUUUAGGGGGUAAAACAUUUAGAGUUUUUAACUGUACAGUUUAAAUGAGCAUACACCUUUUUUUUUUUCCUUCUUUUUUUUUGGUCUAAUUUGCUGUCCUGAAUCUAAACACACCACGUAAGGCAUAGAAAUUAGUUGAGGUGCGUUCACUAGCUUCCAGUUUGGUGGAUUUUUCCAACUUAUUAGAGGAAAAACUAGCUAGAUUGUUGAGGCUAUUAUGACCAAAUGAAGCGAAAUUGUCGAGUCACCGUUCGCUCCAGAUGUUUGUCCGACCUUUUUAGCAUCAUGUUGUUCUGAAAAUGUGUUUGUUUGAUUUUAUUUUGUAUUGCUCGCAUCCGUCUUCAUAGGGGAGGGCCUCAACUUGUAACUCUUCCUAUAAAAAAGGGCUCUAGUUCUGAUAUCAGUGCUGAAACUAGACACCAGCAGCCAAAUGUAGCUCGGAGCUUUCCUCCUCACGAGGAUCGGUGGAUGCAACGGAGACCUUAACACAUAAAACUGUAGACGUCGACACAAAUGGGUGCCUCCCCCCCCCCUUCAAAUCCUUCCCAAAUCCCCCUCCCCUCCGUGAUGGAAUUUGGUCUUUGUGGCAUUUUUCCUUGAUGUACAAGCCUGAGAAAAAAAGGGCGUUUGCAUGUUUGGUAACUGAAACAUUACAGUGCAGAGGAACCAAAAACCCAAAAAAUAACACAAAAAAUACGGGGAGGAUAAAUCCCCGUCGUUUCUGCUUUCGGUCCAAACCGAAAGAUUUUGCAGUUAAAUUCACGGCGCCUUUGAAAGGUUUUUAGCACACCUUUAACCAGGAGAAGUGGCAGGCCAGCGCUCCAAAGCAGAAUCCAGAUUUUGAGGUUCGAUGAUGAUGAUGAUGAUGAUGAAGAGGACGAUGCUGGUUCUGACUUUUGGAACAGGCCGUCUCAUAUCAAAGCAAACCUUUUUCCCAAACAGACUUAAACUUCAUGUGAAAAUUUGAUAUGCAUGUGUUUGUAUUUGACCAAAUAUUUCUUGCAUGGCACAAAAAGAAUAUAUAGAGAGAAAAACAUGCUGAAAGGGACAUUUAGGUGGAGAAAAACAACAGGUUUGAUGGUUCAGACUCGGACAGAACGGGAUUAAAACCAGGCAGAGGGGUCUUCACAAUGUUCAGGCCUCAAAGCAACAUUCUCACACAAUCCAAAGCAGAGACACUGUGUGUGGGGUGGGAACGCGGAGAGGAAAAACCUCUGGUUGUCCUGGAGACACUAAGACCUGUAGACAUCAUCUAUCUCCAGUUAUUGAAGCGGGAAGUCAUUCAAGACCCAGCUUCAGUAACAGAGUCAUUUAGAAUUUUGUGAUUUUAGAAUCAUUCGUCCGGAUUGUCGUAUCUUCAUUUGGACUUUGUUUUUGAUUGUGAGACACCGUUUAAUGUUUGAAGACGUGCCUAGAAUCCCCCCCCCUGACUGUUAGCUUGAACGUUGUAGCCAUAAUUAUGAAAUAGGAAACUUACCCAGCGCUUCUUGCUGAUAAAUGUCUGGUGGUUACACAUUGAUGUACUGAUGUAGUUUGGGAGAAUGCCUAAUUAACUAGAUCAUCAUUUGGAGCUCAAAUUACGACAUUUCUACAGAGGAAAUAUGUCUGGACACAAAUCUAACUGCUUCUCAGCACUUUGUCUGUCACAUUCAAAUAUAUACAUAUACAUAUGUGUGUAUACGUGUGUGUGUGUGUGUGUGUAU